AUGGUGAAGGCGGUGCUGGACUUCGUGGAGAUGGAGGGCGGAGGGUGGGUGUGUGAAGAUGGCAGAAAGGGACCGGCAGGUUCUGCUGAGACAGGCUCCCACAGCAGGGAUUGCUGCGGAAAGCGGGAAGCUCUCCAGGAGAGGGAAGACGAGGCUUGGGAGCUCUGGGAGCCUCCUCCCAAGACGCGUCCAUCUCUGGUUCUGGGAAGACUUCUCACAGUCCGUGCUGCAGUCAUCUUCCUGAUGCUGGUCCUGGUCGCUUCCGUCCUGCUGCAGGCCAUUCUCUAUCCCUGGUUUAUGGGCACAAUAUCAGAUGUCAAGACAAACGCCCAGUUGCUGAAAGGUCGUGUGGACAGCACCAGCACCCUGAGUUAUGAAAUAAAGAGGAAUAGAGGUGGCGUGGCGGCAGCUGGCAUUCAGGUCCAGAUGGUGAAUGCCAGCCUGGAUCGUGUGCGUUCUCAGAUCCGGAGGUUGGAAACCAGUGUGAAGGAAGCCAAUGCACGGCUGCAGAUGCUAACAAGUAGUUGGGAAGAAGUCGAUAAGUUCAAUGCCCAAAUUCCGGAGCUAAAAAGAGAUUUAGAUAAAGCCAGUGCUUUAAACGCACUGCUCCAGAGAGGUUUGGGGAAUAUCAGUCAGUUGUUCCAAAAGCAAAAUGACAUCCUACAGAUGGUUUCUCAACGCUGGAGGUACUUCAGGGGGAACUUCUAUUACUUUUCUCAAGUCACAAGGACCUGGUACAGUGCCCAGCAGUUCUGCUUGUCCAGGGAUUCACACCUGACCUCAGUGACCUCAGAGAAUGAACAGGAGCUUCUCUACAGGACUGCAGGUGGACUUCUCUACUGGAUCGGCCUGAGCAAAGCAGGGAGUGAGGGGUACUGGUACUGGGUGGAUGACUCGCUGUUCAACAAGGUCCAGAGUGUGAAGUUCUGGAUUCCAGGUGAGCCCAACAACACUGGAAACAAUGAACACUGCCUCACUGUGUCCUCACUGCAGUCAUGGAAUGAUGCCUCCUGUGACAAUUAAUUUCUUUUUAUCUGUAAAUGGCCCUACAUCCCAUCAGAACCAUUUUCUUCUGAGUUAGUCCUGAACCUGAUCAACUGA